GCACUGAGAUGUGCCACGUGUGCAGACGCCAUUGCAGAAGUACCAUGAGAUCCGAUCAUGCUGACUCAUAAAGAGCAAGUGAAAGGAGGCUUAAUGGAGUUUCUUUAUUUCUUUCUGUUCCCAAUUCCCUCUUUGCACAGCGCCUGCCAAAACCCCCAACUAAAAAGAAAAGAAAACAAUGGAGCGCCCCUUCUCCACAGAUAAUUCCUUAUCAUGGUGCCCUAAUACUAAUUCUAUCACAGUUGCAGCGCCAGGGAAUAGCAGCACCUCUAAAUUUGAAGUUAAUUCCCCGGGAUUUGGAGAGACUGGAGCUAAAUUUGGAGUAGGGCGCAGCAGAAUGCAGCGGAGUGCUUCGGAAUGGGCCUUCCAGGAGUUUCUGAAGCAGCACGAGUCUAAUGAUGAGGGAAAGAAGAGGCCGGUGGCGCCGCCGGCGCCUCAGGAGGAGGGGGACGAGGAGGCGUCAAUUGGUGGAGAAAAUGAUGAUGGUGGCAAAGGGAAGAAGAGGCCUGCGGGUAAAGAUCGCGUAGCUUUGGCUGGGACGGGGGGCGAUGCGGACAAGGUGUCAGGUGCGCUAUGUCCUCUGUUUACUGGGCUUGGGGAGGAGCUAGGGAAAGGCGGAGCUCGUCCUGUUGAUCCACACGAGCUCAAGCAGAAGCUUCAUCUUGCAUGCGCGGCAGUAGCCUUAACUCGGGUUACAGGAAAUAGCUCCACGGAUCUUGUUCCAUCUGCAGUAGAUGCAAAUCAAUCACAGAAUAUCAGUUUGGGACCAGAUGCCAGAGCUGCAGUCUUGGCAUCUCAGUCUUCAGGCACAGGUUCAGGUAUUAUAUACAAUGGAGCUCCAGGAAGCUCUGCUUCAGGACCAAUAGGUAUUCCAGCACUUCCUCCCAAGCCUAAAGGUGGAGUUUCUCAAGCAAGAACAAACACCAGCGGUUCUUCAAGAGAGCAGUCAGAUGAUGAAGACCUAGAAGUUGGGCCUAGUGAACAAAGUACAGAUCCCAGUGAUUUGAAACGUAGGAGAAGAAUGCUGUCAAAUAGAGAGUCUGCAAGGCGUUCAAGGAGAAGAAAACAAGCACACCUAACUGACCUUGAGCUGCAAGUUGCACAGCUAAGAGUAGAAAACUCUUCUUUAUUAAACCGUUUCACGGAAAUCAGCCACAAGUACAACGAAGCUGCCAUAGAUAAUAGGGUAUUGAAAUCUGAUGUGGAAGCACUGAGAGCAAAGGUUAAGAUGGCUGAAGAUAUGGUUUCCAGGGCUUCUGCUGCAGCUACUAUAGCUCAUCCACUUCGCAAUGCAUCUCAAAUACAGUCAACUGUCAACUUGCAAUACCCUGGUGGAUUAUUUGACUCACCUGCAAGUAGUGUUGUGCAAGGAGAUGAGGGACUUUACAUGCAUACUGGACAGUGCUCAGACACUCAGGGUUCAUCCUUAACUCAAGCUGUUUCUGGUAUGAAACCACAGAACAACGAACCACAGCUGCAUCCUGCUGGAACUAAAAUGGGGCGUACCCCUUCAAUGCAGCGGGUUGCAAGCUUGGAACAUUUGCAAAAACGGAUCCGUGGUGGAAUGACUUGUGGAUCAAUGUCAUGGGGCGGAAGUUGGGAUGUUGAGGGCUCUCCUGUAAUUGAAAAUAAUGAACAUUGAUACGAACUCUUUGCAGUGAGCCCUUAAUGUCUAAUUCAUGAUUCACCCUGGAAUUAAUUUACUUAUGUGUUGUUGGUCCUAAAACUGAAUAUGAUAAGACAGGCUCUGGUUCGGGUUUGGUACAGACGUGAUACAUCCAUUGGUGGCUUUAGAUAUGAAGGAUAUAAUCUGUUUGUGUGUCUUGCAGAAAAAAUGCAAAAGUACUUAUCAAAUUGGUUUCUAUUAAUUAUAUAUAAUCGUCAAAAUAUUGUGCAUGUU